UCCAAAUGGUAAACGUUAGAAAAAGAAGACGAAAACUUGGCCUGCCUCUAUUUUCUCACUUUAAUUCUCACUUGACAUAGUUGAGCAUCGUCAGACCCGAAAAGAGAGAUAUUAGACCAAGAACAAACCCACUCUAGUCGCUCUCGGCCCUCAGCAUCUCCUCGAGAUACACACAAAUGGAGGACACCACCAAGUCCUUAACCCUCCCCGACGGGCGGGAGCUCGUCUACGACAUCUACGGCGCCAUGGCCAGCAACACGCCCACCGUCUUCUACUUCCACGGCUUCCCGGCCUCGCACCACGAGGCAGCCCUCUUCUCCGCCCCCACCGCCCGCCACGGCCUGCGCAUCAUCGCGCCCUCGCGCCCCGGCAGCUCGUCGUCCACCUUCCAGCCCGACCGCCGCUUUUUCGACGGGCCCGCCGACGUGCUCGCCCUGGCCGACCACCUGGGCGUCUCCCGCUUCGCCGUGCUGGGCGUCUCGGCGGGGCUCUGUAUGCCCUCCCGCGUUGUCGCCGUCGGCAUUGUGGCCGGCAUCGUCCCUGCGGCUCUCGGCACGGCCGACAUGCUGCUCCAGUCCCACAUCCUGCUGUGGGUUGCGCCCUGGGCUACGAGUCUCGUGGCUUGGGAUAUGGACUGGCAGUUUGGGGAGGUAGCGCAGGAUACGGGGCACCCCGAGAGGCUGGAGCAGGCGCUGGAGGACAUGAUGAGGUCGAGGCCGGGCGCCGACCGGGACGCGUGGGAGUCUAACAGGGAGCUUCGACCCGCCAUCGUGAACAGUCUGCGCGAGGCGCUCAGGCAAGGGUCUUAUCCUGCGGCUUGGGAUGCGAGGAUGCUCGGGAGCAUGUGGGGGUUUGGGCUUGAUGAGCUGGAGAUCGAGCCGGGGCAGAUGGUUGUCUGGCAUGGAGACCAAGACGUGAAUGUCCCGCUAGCUAUGGUGAAGAAGGGGCUCGCUCUGAUGCCGAAGGCAGAGCUCCGUGUCGUCCAGGGGAGAGUCAUGGCAGCCUGUGUGCAAAUAAACCUGACGAGAUCUUGGCCACGGUGAAGGAGAUGAUGUCGCUGUAGGGCGGGCUGGCAGAAGAAGAGGUAAUUACCUCCAUUUUUUUGUCCAUUCACUUUGACGUGCCGUGAUUUUACUCUCUCUAUACCAAUAGGCCAGUUUUAUCAUGGAAAUGACCCUGAACAAUCCAGGGUGGGAUUUGGGAAUCUGGAUCGUAAGGGAGACAAGAGUGACGAUAAAUGAGGUAAUAUGGUGUAAUGGUG